AUGAAGUGCUUAAUUUUAUUUAUUUUACUUACAAAUUUAUUUAUUUACGAAGUGCAUGCUGGUAUAGGCGAUUAUGUAAGCUCUCUAGGUGAAUAUUUUGGUUAUAAACAGGAACAAGAGGAAAAUGUUGAAGGUUUUGAACAGAAAAUUCCAUAUGAAGUAUCCACAAUUGACGAAAAGUUUCUUAAUGAGGCUGCCAAACUUACUGGAGUUGCACUGUCUGAAUUAGACUCGUGUCAACACAGGGUGAUUCUAAAACUAAAAACUGACUGCCACAAAUUAAACGAUGAGCAAGUGGCCAAACUGGCAGUCCACCUUCUAAAUUGCCAGUCUUACAUAGAAGGCAGGCAAAUUUUCCUUUGCACUGACGAAAUGAGUAUAAAAGAUUGUACAAUCAGAAUGGACUCUGACACUUGGACUAGUUAUCACUUAAUGAGCAAUAGAGCUAGGGCUGUGUGCUACAUGAUAAGACAAAAUCAGUUUAGGGGUUUAGCUGAGAAUACAGUCAAUAGAUUGAUGGAUGCUGCACAGAAUCAGUUAAAAACUUUGGGAACAAUUGCUCAUAAUCAGGAAGAUUUGAUUAAUAUUGCUGAGACUACAUAUGAAACACUAACUCAAGGUCAUGAAACAUUGUCUAAGCAACAGUCUGAUCUACAGAAGGCACAAUUUCAUGGACAGUUAGCUAUAGAAGAUAACAUUAAUAGAUUAGUGGAUGAGAAAAAAUUAAUUUUGGAAACGCACAAUGAAUUAAUCCAAAUGACUAAAACUGUAAAAGAAAAAUUGGAGAAUACUGCCUCACAAAUGGAUAACCAAAGUAAUGAAAGUAAAGUUAAUCAUAAGGAGCUUCUGCAAGAUUUGCUUUUGAUUCAGUCCAAAACUCAUGAAGUUUUUCAAAGAAUUGAUGAAUCCGCUAAUUUGCUAAUGGAGCAAAACUCUCAAUUUCGUAAGCAAUACGAAUCGACGAUAAAAAACCUGGCAGAAGUGAACAGUACGGUCCACAACUUGGUCGCGUUGGUGGGGGGCACCAGGCAAGCCCUCGAAGAAAAGCUAACCUGGAUUACUUCCGCCUUGGGUGGCACCGAUUCCGCCAUCGAAAGGCUUUACCUGAUCGUAUGGCACUUUGCUUUCAUGCUAAUGGCGAUGCUCAGCUGCGCCUUUUUGACGGCCAGGCUCAGCACCAGGAUAGCCGUGGUCAGUCUGCCUCCCUUGAAUUUGGCGCUGGCCUUUUACGGUCAGGAACAGCACUUGGAUCCGCUGUCGCUGGGAUUGGCGAUCACUAUGCUUGUUAUAGUUCAAUCCGUGGUAAUUUUCGGCAUCACCUACAUGUCGGCGCCCAAACAGGCCAUUGCAUACAAAGAAGACAUACCAACUUCGACAAUAACAACCGACAAAACCGCGGAAACCAUCGCAUACGCAUCGUACGCCGCGACAAAAACGACGAGUUUCUACGAACAAGAGGACGAGCAUCAAGACAGCUUCAGCAGCACGACUCCGCCCCUUUCGAGGAGCGAUUUUUAUUCGCCGGUGCGGUCGCAGAUGUCUAGAUCGCGAAGCGGCACUCCCUUGUAUUUGAGCGCUUCGAAGGAGAGCUGUCACGCGAAAACGCGUAGCGGGACUCCUUGCAAGCUGUCGGCCGUCUUGGGGCGGGACUUUUGCCACAGGCACCAAAAAGGAGAUUCGGUGAUGGGAUAA